UAUUACGUCGUGAAACAUUCCUCAUAAGACAGUUUGUUAUAAAAGUGUGAUCAUGAACGAUUCAUUUUAAAUGUGCGUGUGUAUAUGUGCGCUUAUUGUUGUUGCUUAUUAAGUGGCGUAUUUCCCCUUCUGUACAAAUACUCGACAUGCUGUAUUAACUGGAGAGGAAUAUCGUUCGUGUUCAAUCAUCAUGCGAUGUAUAGAGAGAUACCUUAUCUUCGGAUGGCUGCUGUGCGUCCAGCCGAUAGCCACGAUGAAUCACAUUGUAACUGCACUAGAAGAUACUUGUCAUCUGCCGAAUGCCCUAAUUGAGGAGAUAGACUCGUACGCGCCGACAGUACAAAGAAUAAUCACCGAAACCAUGCAAGGUUCCUUCAAAGGAACCAUUUGGCAAGAUUUAGCGGAGUUCGUCGACAAAUUUGGCCCGCGGUUCACCGGCACCCAAAACCUCGAGGAUUCAAUCGAUUAUGUGUUAAACAAAUCGAUCAGUUUAGGCCUGGAGAACGUUCAUGGCGAAACGGUCACCGUACCACAUUGGGUCAGAGGCUCAGAAUCUGCGACUCUUUUGCAACCACGGCGACAGAAUCUGGCGUUAUUGGGUCUGGGUUAUAGUGUGGGUACUCCGGAAGAAGGCAUAACUGCCAACGCUGUUGUAGUAAAUAGCUUUGAGGAGCUUAAGGAAAGAGCGAAAGAGAUUCCAGGAAAAAUUGUCGUGUACAAUGAAAAAUACAUCUCGUACGGGGAGACCGUAAAGUACAGGAGCGCGGGAGCCACGAGAGCGGCGAAACUGGGCGCCGUGGCAGUUUUGAUCAGAUCGGUGACGCCGUAUUCACUGUAUACUCCCCACACCGGUAUGAUGACCUACGGAGAAAACGUCACGAAGAUUCCAGCUGCCUGCAUAACUGUCGAGGACGCAACUCUUUUGGGAAGAAUGGCGGAUCGAGGAGAAAAUAUCGUAAUCAAUCUGAAAAUGGAAGCGCAAACUUAUCCGGACACACAAUCGCGGAACGUCAUAGCGGACAUCACCGGAUUGAGCGCGCCUGAGAAGGUAGUCGUUGUUUCUGGACACAUAGACAGCUGGGACGUCGGACAGGGCGCCUUGGAUGACGGGGGUGGCAUUUUUAUAUCCUGGAACGCACUGAAGUUAUUGAAACACCUCGGCUUACGGGCACGAAGAACAAUGAGAAUGAUAAUGUGGACUUCCGAAGAACUCGGUCUCAUUGGAGCUCAACAGUACUCACAGAAGCACGCGGCGGAAAAUGGAAAGCUGCAGUUUGUGAUGGAAUCCGAUCUUGGCACGUUUACACCCGUAGGCCUCGAGUUUACUGGUGGCGAGAUGAUCCAGUGUGUACUUGAGAGAAUAAUGCGAUUAUUGGCUCCGUUGGGUGACUUGAAAUUGAGGAGCCCUUGCAGUGGGCCUGAUAUUUCCUUUUGGGUGAACGCUGGCGUGCCAGGUGGCAGUCUGUGGACGCGAAAUGAGAAAUACUUCUACUAUCACCAUACGAAUGCGGACACGAUGCUAGCCGAAAAUCCGAAAGCCCUGGACAUGAACACAGCCAUAUUCGCAGCGCUAUCGUUCGUCCUGGCAGACAUCAGCGUCGAUUUGCCUCGACACAACUACAGUAAUCCUCAAAGAUUUGGAAGGAAACCAAUUGAACACGCAUAAUGUAAAUAACAUCGAGCGUGUGUG